UUGAUUCAUCACCAGAACUCAACCAAGAUGAUGCUCACACAAAUACUUCCGCUUCUUCUGUUCCUUUCGGGAACAGCCAGCGCCUGGCAGGCUGGUCGCUCGCGCCAGGGCUUCGUCGGCUUUAGCUUCUACCUGUACGAUCCAGUCUGCGCUGGUGCGUGCCAAGGCGUCUUCCGCAAAUCACCCAUGUACUGCACCGACAAAGCAUCCUUCAAAGGCUCUUCCACCGGUCAUGGGGGCGGCUCCACUCACACCGGCAGUACCGACAUCCCCAACAACUACACCCUGACGCCUAGUCCCUUGUGUUUGUCCCAGAAUCGCGACUUCCUCACCUCACAGGCUUGGUGCCUCCACCAGAAAUGUGCCGUGUGGCCUGACUGGAAGCUCGAAAAAUGGUGGUGGAAUUAUGUUGUAGGCAAUCUGGCCUCCGAUCCCCGCCCUUCUCUAUCCUAUGGCGCUGCCCUUGCCCUGGUCUCCAAGCCGCCGACCUACUCGUGCGCAAAGGCCGCCGUCAUGAACCAGACCUGUCUGCCGGAUGAGAAGGUUUACAAAUCCCGCUUCAUCUCAAUCGACGUCAACCAAGAAGCCGAAAUUCUUCAUCAGAACCUGGCCAUGGUUGUCUUUCUCACCAGCGUCGGGCUCCCCGUCGCUCUCUCUUUGCUACGCUUCCUUCCAUUCCCCUCCAAUCGUGUAGCGAGUGCCCUCAGUGCCCGUUUUGUGUAUCCUAGUCUGCCCAAUUCUUGGUCCAACUCCCCAAUCGCUACCGUGGUUGGAGAUCCACCAACCCGAGGCCAAGCUCUGUUCAUCGCCUAUCUCAUCGUCAUCAACGUCGUCCUGUCUGCUGUAGGCCUGAAGUCUGCUCCUGAUAGCUACCCGUUUUUCUGGAAGAAUGGUCCGGACAUGAUUAAAGGCCUUUUAGCAAAUCGCAUGGGACUAUUGGCAUUUGCAAACUAUGUUGUUCUAAUCCUUUUCUCCUCCCGCAACAAUGUAUUGCUGUGGAUAACGAACUGGGAACCAUCGACAUUUGUUCUUUUGCAUCGCUGGGUCGGCCGCAUCGCGAUUCUGCAAACCAUUCUACACUCCAUCGUCUUCCUUAAUGGCUGGCUCAUCUCGGGUCUACUGAAAACGGACCAGACUCUACCUUACUGGUGGUGGGGUUGCAUUGGAACUAUCGCAUCUUCUCUAAUGCUUCCCUUGUCCAUACCUGUUCUACGCAAACGUGUGUACGAGCUAUUCCUCGUCAGUCAUGUAUUUUUGUCAAUCUUGACACUUCUUGGAUCGUGGUAUCACAUCUAUUUCAAGUAUCAGCACAAUUCUGGCUACGAGACUUGGUUGUAUAUCGCCUUCGCCCUUUGGGGGUUUGAUCGAUUGGGGCGGCUGCUUCGCAUGCUCCGCUACGGUGUACGUACCGCUCACGUCACAGAGGUGGACGACGAAUACAUCCGGAUCAACGUGAAAGGUGUCGUGGCAACUGGCCAUGUAUAUCUCUAUUUUCUCCACUCACGCUUUUGGGAAAAUCAUCCUUUUAGCGUAGCAAGCUCUACCAUUCACACUCAGCCCAAUGAACAGGCCUACUCUGACCGGACUGAAUCGCCCACUGCUGUCAAUGACCACGAAGAGACUCGUGCUGCCGAAUCCAAGCAAAUGAAGAUGUACACAGCACACAACCACUCUACUACGGAGCCUGGCAUGGUCUUUUAUCUGCGCGUACUUGAUGGGGCUACCAAAGCUCUUCUCCGCAGAUCGCAGGUCAAGGUCUUGAUCGAGGGCCCUUACGGUAGACUUCACGAUCUUUCAGAGUUUCCGACGCUCAUCUGCAUUGCCGGCGGCGUGGGUAUCACGGGUUGCCUGCCCUACCUGAAUGCACACCCUGGGAGUGCAUCUUUGUAUUGGGGUGUACGUACCCAGGCCCUGGCUGACUCUAUAAAACCCUUGAUACAACCAUUUCACCACGAAGUGGCUGUUGCUCAACGCCUCGAUCUUGAGGGCAUAUUAGGGGGUGUCAACGGUGACUUUGCGGUAGUUGUAUCAGGUCCAUCGGGCAUGGAGGAGGAAGUGCGAAGGAUUGCAAGCAGACUGGGUCGUACCAGACGCGUCCAGUUUGUGUCUGAGUCGUUCACAUUGUAAUUUUUGGGCUCACAGGUUGCGGUGCAUGAUGGCGUAUCGUUUAUUUUUCCGUCGUGUAAUCAAGUGGGCUUACAUUAGUGUUUUUAAUUCCCGAUAUAAUUGUUUCCCUCCACGUAGCGAAUGGUUCAUAUCACGUGUGAUGUGUGAACGUUGGCCAACAACCCUGUUCACGCGUCAAUCUUGACUGAAAAACAUCUGAUCGCCCUGCAAUCCAAUCAAUCAUACCAGUCAAUCUGGGGGCGCACACGAACGCAAUAGUCUCAAAUGCGCUCAGCUGCAUGAUCGUUCAUUAGACUUUGUUGAUCCCCGACAGAUUGAGGUAUAUCAAGCCGCAAGGUUAUCUUACCCGCCU